AUGGCUGGCCAACGAAUUCUCAAUUCCAAGCUGCAGACCCCUCUGGAGCAACGCCAGCGCCAACAGCGAUUCAUGGAACCGCCGCCGGCAGGAACGGUGGCCUCCCUGAUUGACUUCGGGUCCAACGAUACGCUCUCAAUUUCGUCCUCGCGGGUCCUGACCAGGGCCUUUUUGGCGCAGUUGGACGCGCACCCCAACUUCAUCGUGGGCAGCACCUCCACCCGGAUUUUCGAGGGCACAUCCCAGUACCUCGACGACAUCGAGCGCGACCUCGCGCGCUUCCACAACGCCCCUGCGGGUCUAUUCUUCAACUCCGGGUUCGACGCCAAUGUGGCUCUCUGGUCGACCAUCCCCCGGCCGGAUGACGUGGUCCUCCAUGACGAAUACAUCCACGCCAGUAUCCAUGACGGGAUGCGACGGGGGCGGGCGAAGACCAAGAUGUUCGCGCACAACGAUCUGGAAGACUUCCGGCGUUGUCUCGAGGACAUCAAACACAACCAUGGGCUGAAGGAGGGUAAGAAUGUCGUCUUUGUGGCCGUCGAGUCGUUCUAUAGUAUGGACGGCGACGUGGUGCCGAUCCGGGAGAUGCUGGAGAUCUCCAAGCAGGUGCUGCCGCAGGGUAACGUGGUGUACUCGAUAGACGAGGCGCACUCGAACGGGGUGAUCGGACCGAACGGGUCGGGGCUGGUGUGCCAUUAUGGGUUGGAGAAGGAGAUCGGGCUCCGGUUACACACUUGUGGGAAGGGCCUGGGGUCUACUGGCGCUGUUGUACUUGCCUCGGAGACCGUCCGCAUGGCAAUGAUCAACUACUCGCGCAAUGUUGUAUUCUCGACGGCGCCGUCCUUCGUGACCGUGGCGGCUGUUCGUGCAGGGUAUGAGCUGGCUGCGAGCGAGGAGGGGGAGAAGCGACGGCAACGCCUGCAGCAGAACACGCGCUACUUCCAGCACCGGGUCGCCGAGCAUCCCAAAUGGGCUGAAGUCACGGCUAAAGGCAUCAUCCGAAUUCCCGCCUCCGAGGACUGGGGCUCCCGCUCGUUCGAAACUCCCAUAUUCGCUUUGAUCACGCCGCCCGGGCAGGCCAACGAGCUUGCGGAGCAUAUUCAUGCCGCUGGGUAUUGGCUGGACUCGGUGCAUUAUCCGAUUGUGCCGAAAGAUUUGAGUCGCGUGCGGCUGACAGUGCAUGCGGAUAAUACGGAGGAGCAGAUUGAGGGGGUUGUGAAGACGUUUAUGGACUGGGCGACGAGGCAGCUUGGGCAAGAGCGGAGGCAGACCAAGUUGUGA